CCCGUUAUUCAAAACAAUGACCGAUCUUCCUACUAUCGUUGUCCUCAUCUCCGGCUCAGGCACUAACCUUCAAGCUCUUAUUGAUGCCACUCAAGAAGGCAGACUCAAAGCAAAAAUUGUUAAUGUCAUCUCUAACCGAAAGAACGCAUUUGGUCUUGAACGUGCCAAGAAGGCCGGUAUACCCACACAAACGUUUUCACUCAAACAAUUUAAGGACGCAGGCAAGACACGCGUCGACUUUGAUAUUCACGUUGCAAAAGCCAUUCAGGAAUGUAAGCCAGACCUUGUGGUCUUGGCUGGUUGGAUGCAUAUUUUGUCACCUGAGUUUUUAUCCUUCUUUAACGACAAUGUCAUCAACUUACAUCCUGCUUUACCUGGCCAAUUCGACGGUGCUCACGCCAUUGAACGAGCUUACGAGGCUUACAAGAAGGGAGAGAUUACACACACAGGCAUCAUGGUUCACAAAGUGAUUGCAGAUGUUGACAAAGGACAAGUCAUCCUUCAACAGGUUGUUCCCAUCUAUCCAACUGACUCUCUUGAAGAUCUCGAGAAUCGUAUUCAUAUAGCUGAACACAAGCUCAUUGUCGAAGGCGCUCAAAAGUUUUUAAAUGAAUUAAAAAACAAUGUGUAAAUAUGCUUUUUAUUGUAAAAGAUCACCACUCUUUGUUUUUUCUUUUUUAUAUGUUU